GAACGUUCCUUGCGGAAUAUAGUCAAGUAGGCCGACAUUUGCUGUGAAAAAGUCAACAGACACAUCUAAUUUAAAACAAUGGCCAAGGUUUUCAAGAAAACCAGUGGAAAUGGCCAGCUGACCCUGUAUUUGGGAAAGAGGGACUAUAUUGACCACGUGGAGAAUGUUGACACUGUUGAGGGUGUCCUGAAAGUUGAUCCUUCUGGUCUUGAUGGCAAGAAAGCUUGGAUUCAGCUUGCCUGUGCUUUCCGCUAUGGUCGUGAUGACCUCGAUGUCAUUGGUCUGUCCUUCAGAAAAGACAUCUGGUUCCAACAGGUACAGUUGUACCCCCCAGCAGAUCACAAACCCUCCAAGACUGCGAUGCAUGAAGCUCUGCUGACCAAAGCUGGUGAACAAGGUGUCCCCUUCACAUUCAACAUCCCAACAAACCUGCCCUGCUCCGUCACACUCCAACCAGGAGAGGAGGACAAAGGCAAGGCCUGUGGUGUGGACUUUGAAGUCAAGGGCUAUGUUGCCAACGCAGCAGAUGAUCCUGAUGAGACAGUUGAGAAGAAGGAUACCUGCCGCCUGGUCAUCCGCAAGAUUCAGUUUGCUCCUGACAAGACCGGCGCUGGACCCACCCAAGAAACAAGCAAAAAUUCUAUUAGCGUCACAGCCUCCCUAGAUAAGGAGAUCUAUUACCACGGCGAGGCAAUUCCCAUUAAAGUCAAAGCAAAGAAUGAUGGCGGCAAACCAGUGAAGAAAGUCAAAGUUACCAUUGACCAGACCACAGAUGUCGUGCUGUACUCUGCAGACAAAUAUACCAAGAAUGUCUUAAGCGAAGAAUUCUCUGAAUCAUUGGACUCUGGCGGAUCACUGGACAAGACUUUCUCCGUCACUCCAGUUGUGAACAAGUCCAAACAAGGCUUGGCUCUGGACGGCAGACUCAAAGACGAGGACACCAACCUGGCCUCAACCACAGUCCUGAGGCCAGGAAUGGAGAAGGAGGUUUUGGGAAUCUUGGUCACCUACAAAAUUAAAGUCACCUUGACGGCAGGUGGUGGAGGUCUGCUGGGAGGUUUGACAUCUACUGAUGUGACAGUAGAGCUCCCUGUCACUCUGAUGAACCCCAAACCAGCAGCUCACAAGGUGUAG